UUCCAGUGAUUAUAUAAAAUGUCGUCUUUUAUUCGCCGUCACCGCCGUAAGCUCAUUUGGGGCGGAGCUGCUGUCGGCGGUUUGGUUAUAGCCGCCAGAAUUGUUGAGAGGCAAAUGAUCAAGUCAAGAGAGGAAGAAGGACGGUUGGCACUUGAGAAAGUUCGGAAACAAAAUCAUUUUGAGAGCACCGAGUCUACUUGUAACUCCACCCUAGCUCAUAUACUUCAUCAGCUCAAGCUCCAGAUACUCCUGGAGUACCAGACAAAUACGCUCACAGACACACUCAGACGUGGACCUAGUGGGGAUGAGAAGGUUCGAAUCUGGGAGCAGAUAAAGAUGAUCAGUUUCUGUAGAACCUCAGCAUAUAUUAUCUCAUUCUCAUUCAUAGGUGUACUGCUCCGUGUACAACUAAACGUUUUAGCUGGCCACCUCUUUACAACUAGGGUUUCUGUGUCAUCACUUCUAAACAAUAACAGGUUUUAAUUUAUAUAUUAUAAA